CUCUCUCUCUCUCUCUCUCUCUCUCUCUCUCUCUCUCUCUCUAAAAAAUUAUUUCGUCUGGAAAUAUAGUUUACAUUGAUGUUUUUCGAUUCUGUGCGUUGAUGUGGGCUCAUUGUUGAAGUUGUAAAAUAAUUUCGGUCUGUUUGACACUGAAUUCAACUUAAACUUAUAUGGUAUCGGUAGUUUGCAAAUGUUCCGUAACAAAAUAGUAAUCAAAUCAAAAGGAAGGAAUAAUCACAGCAGACUUGAGUUACCAGAACGCGUUAGGAACACGAAUAGCCCGGUGUGUAUCAUUACUCAAUGGACGACCUGGUAAUCAGCAGACAGGCAGAAAAUGGAUUGAAACCCGAACAUAUACUCUGAAAGAAAACAUAGAAAAAUGAGUAUGUCGAUGCAGUCCAGUUCAUCUUUUUAAACUGGAAAAGGGCGCAUUGUGUGAGUGGCCAAAAACUUUUUUUUUUUACAAACUUUUGAUGGAAGGCAGUUCAAGUCAUACACGAAAGAAAAACAAUAUUGCACAGACCAUCCAACCACGCAAGUGAGGAUGCGGAAAUAAAGUAGCUGUAUUUCUUAAGUGCGACGAUGUACUAAGGCAAUUCAGCGAUCACUGGCAUUCGAAAAGGAGGAAAGGGAAAAAUUAUGAAAGGAAUUGCCGCGAGUAUAAUCUACCUCACCAUUCUGGUCACUGCAACCGGAGGCUUCGCGCCCAACAUCCUCGGCGCCCACAGCACCACCACACAAGCGCCCUCGCCCACCACAGAGGACGGGGCUCAGCUGCCCACCUUCCUGGGACGCCACAACGCCACAGUGACGGUGCACGCGGGCGACACGGCCUCCCUCGACUGCCACGUGCUCAGGGUCGGCAACAAGACG